GCCCCGCCUCCAUUACGUCACCUCUUCUCUAACUCAGCUCUGGGGAAGAGGAAGCGGUUCAACCUCCAUUGCGGUCAAUAGGAGAUUUCCUAUAAUUGGUGGGAACCGGGGGUGGGCCACUGGCCCCAGUUACGAGAAAUGAAAGAAGGCCUUGCUCCGAAUCCUGACGUUCUCCGCGCAGCUAUUUCGCCAUACCGCGCCUUUUCACUAACAGACCCCGGGUGCUCCUGAGGGGCCUCUUCCCUCACACCCAUGGGCUUCUAAGGCUCGCGGGGAAACUACGUUUCCCAGGAGACCUCGCGGCGCUCGCCGGAAGCCCGGGCGCGAGGGUGAGCCGGGGAGGCGCAGGUGCGGUGGCUUGUGGGACCGUCGUCGGAGGUGGUGGCGGCGGCGGCGGCGGUGGGGCUCCAUCAUGGCGGCUUCCAUUUCAGGCUACACGUUCAGUUCCGUUUAUUACUACAGCACCAACAGUAGCGCCGACCAUGAAGGAUUUCUUUUGGGAGAGAUAAGGCAAGAGGAGACGUUUAGUAUUAGUGACUCUCAAAUCAGCAACAUUGAAUUUCUGCAAGUUAUUGAUAUCCAUAAUCAUGAACCUUGUUCCAAACUCUUUAGCUUUUAUGACUAUGCGGGCAAAGUCAAUGAAGAGAAUUUGGAUAGGAUUCUUAAAGAUCAGAGAAAAAACGUUAUUGGAUGGUACAGAUUUAGGAGAAACACCCAGCAACAAAUGUCAUAUAGAGAACACAUCAUUCAUAAACAGCUGACACAGAUUCUUGGAGUGCCUGAUCUUGUCUUCCUUCUCUUCAGUUUCAUCUCAACUGCAAAUAACUCAACACAUGCUUUAGAAUAUGUUCUCUUUAGACCAAACCGAAGGUAUAAUCAAAGAGUGUCACUUACUAUUCCUAAUCUAGGCAACACAAGCCAACAGGAAUACAAGGUCUCUUCAGUGCCAAAUACUUCCCAAAAUUAUACCAAAGUUAUUAAGGAGCAUGGUACUGCUUUUUUUGAUAAAGAUGGUGUGAUGAAGGACAUCAGGGCUAUAUAUCAGGUUUAUAAUGCACUUCAAGAAAAAGCACAGGCAGUAUGUAUAGAAGUAGAGAAGAGUGAACAAGCUGCUGAAACUUUCCAGGCAGAAGUCAAUAAGCUAAAAACACAAAUCUUGCAAAAGAAACAAGAAAAGGAGCAGGAAAUAAGACUGCAGCAGGCCAUCUUAAGCAGACAAAUGUCAAAUGAUACCUUGGAGCCUAUAUUUAUCCCCCGAAUGUCCCAUGCUGGAUUUGUUGCAGAAGGUAGUAAUCUUGAAGAACCCGAUGCCUCUGAUCCUCCUCCUCCUUAUGCUGACUUGAGUGUAAUCAAUCACGACAGUGCCAUACGCCCUGGUGUUCUAGAAAGCAAUGUUUUCAUGCCUCGACCUCAAGCAGUAGGCUCUUCCAGUUAUGUUUCCACAAAUACAGGACUGAAGCUUUCAGGCAAUGGAACAUCCAUGCCAUCCUCUUCCCAGGCGACUGUCGGUGACAAUGUUAAUGAAUCAGAAGACAGUGACUGUGAGAAUUUUCUUGAACCUACAGAGUCAUCUGACAAUGACUACGCACAGACAAGAAAUUCUCGUCCCCUGACACAUGCGGAUGGAGAUUCCAGGAACACUCAAAUCUCCCAGAUCUAAUGGAACAUGAGCUUAAUAUAGCACUAUCUUUCCUAAAUGUUACAGAAAUAUUUUGGGAUUUAACUUGGAGGAAAUGAGCUACAAAAGUGGAUUAUUGUGCACAGCAGAUGUAGAAGACUUGAACUUAGAUGGCUUAUUCACUUUUGUGAUACAUUUUUGCAAGUUUUGUAAUUGAAUCAUUAGGAUAAUCAAACUACUAAUAUUGAUGAAAUUCAUGGAUGUACUGGUAAAUAAGCAAAGUGAAAUUGGGGGGGGGGGGAAUCCUGUGGCUUUUGUUGCCAUAUUCUCCAUAAAAAAUGGAAUUUAGCAACUAAGCGCACUCUAAUGAUCUCAAAUCAAAGCUUACCUCGUGCACUAUCAUGCCUUGAAUUUUGGGGGAGGGGGGCAUUUCUAAGAACUUUGAUCAGCAGGCUUUUUAAUGGUGAAGCCAAAUAGAUCAUUGCCAGAAACAAAAACCUUUGAUAAUUCCAAGCAGCCUGAUUGGAACAAAUGUGAGCUAUAUUCUCUGCAUGCUCUUUUAAUAGAGAUGAAGUUUGUUUCAAUCUUUUUCUACUAGCCUAAUGUCUAUCACUUAAAAUUAUGGUUGCCUUUUUAUGUAGAAAAGUGAUUACCAGUAAAUCAUCAGUGAAUGUCUUAAGCAUAACUACUCUGACCUUGGUGGAUUUAAAGUGACUUUCCCACACUAUCAUCAGUUGCAUUUUUGUUCUAAAAAUAAUGAAGAGCACAUAGCAGAAAGUAGUGAAAUAAUGUGGUCAUUUCUGUCAGGCACCGAACAUUUAAUGCAAAACUUCAUGCAACUUUCAAAAUAAUCCAGAUUUACUAUGUAAACCACUUUGAGUCUCUGUUAGGGAAAAAGGUGGGAUACAAUAAUAAAUAAAUUAAAUAAAUAAAUAAUAAAAUACCAAGUCCUGGAGAAUGGAAGAGGCUGUCUAGCGCAAUCCCCUAGGGUUUUCCUCUUAAAUUAAAACUAUAGCUCUUCUCAUGUUUGGGUAAGAACCUGCGAGGCAUGAAGUGGAAUCCGUUUAAAUAAUUUUUGAAUGCACUUACUAUAUUUUUUAUUUUAUGCUUGCAGGAGAAAAAUUGCCCAAAAGAUGCAAAAUAGUGCCACUAAGUAUCGAACUAGGCAUUUUCUUCAAUUAGCAAAUGGCAAACCUUUAAUUCUGUAACAAUUCGCCUUUGUUUUAUUUAAUCCAACUCUUGAUUAAAACCCCACAUGAAGACUUCUUUUAGAUAUAUGAUUGCCUACAGCUAAAAACUCAGUAGCUAAACAAUCCCACAUCUGUCUGUUUGCCUCUCUGUUGUCUGUACUAAGUAAAACCAAGUGGCUUUGAAAUAUGAUAAAAAAUACUUCUAUCUCCUUGGACAUUUGGGACUUUAUAAACAUUUCUGUUUUCAGUACUUAACAUACUAUUUGGCCUUAACAUGAUAUGUUUUGUUUUACAUUGCUGCAGUCUGUUCUAAUUAACAAAAAGUGUGUUUGGGUUUUAUUAAAUUUGGGUAUCUACAAGCAUCUGUUGUGCUGGUUUGUUAAAUAAGUGCUGUUGCCAUCUCAUCAGUUCAUUCAAGAAAUUUUAUUUUUAUCUCACUCAAACUUUUAAUGUACAUCUCUGACAAAGCAGUUAAAUGUGACAAUAAAAUCUUAUUUAAUCCUUUAUCUUUUAA